AUGCCGACCAGCGCCGGGUCGGGGGCGUCGGCGCGCCGCUGCAGGAUGGAGGACCUGACGGCGGAGGUGCAGGCGCUGCGCGCCCAGCUGCUGCAGCAGACCGAGGAGAACAGCAGCCUGCAGACGCAGCUGCUGCAGCUGUCCGAGGAGAACGCCACGCUGCGCGGCCAGCUCCAGGCCAGCCCGGGGGGCGCCGCGGGCCCGGCGGCCCCCCCGCGCGGCAAGUGCCCGGUGGGGCUCCCCGAGAAGUUCGACGGCACCCCCGAGAUGCUGCCCAGCUUCCUGGCGCAGAGCCGCCUCUACAUGGAGCUGCGGCCCGAGGACUUCCCCAGCGAGCACGUGCGCGUCUGCUUCCUGACGAGCCUGCUGAAGGGGCGCGCGGCACGCUGGGCCACCCCCUACCUGCUCGAGUCCAGCCCGCUGCUCAACAACUACGAGGCCUUCAUCGACGAGUUCAAGCAGGCCUUCGAGGACCCGCAGCGCAAGGAGGCCGCCAACCGCAAGAUCCGGCGCCUCCGCCAGGGCCUGGGCUCGGUGCUCGACUACGCCAGCGCCUUCCGCCUGUGCGCGCAGGACCUGGACUGGAACGAGCCGGCCUUCAUCGACCAGUUCCUGGAGGGCCUCAGCGACCCCAUCCAGGACGAGCUGGCCCGCGUGGAGGUGGCGCGCUCGCUGCCCGCCCUCAUCAACCAGUGCCUGCGCAUCGAGGGCCGGCUCAACGCGCGCCGCGGCCCCUCCCCCGCCAGCUCGCCCCGGCCCCGCGCCGCCGCCGCCUCUCCCCCGGCCGAGGCCGAGGCCGGCCAGCUGGUCGCCCGGCCUCAGCUGACCCCCGAGGAGAGGGAGCGCCGCCGGAGGCUGAACCUGUGCAUGUACUGCGGACUGGCCGGCCACUACGUGGACAACUGCCCGUCCAAGAAGCCGAAGUCUUCUGGGGUGGGAAACUCCCUGGCCCCGCUGUAG